GACCGGUGUGGAGCUGGCUCACCUCCUGCUGCCCAAGGCUGAAGCUCUCCUCUCCUCCCACGCCCCCUUCCCCACAGCGUGCUCAAAGGACCGGGGUGUUCAGAUAGAUGCCCACUAAACCCUCAAGCUUUCCUCUGCUAACAGGUGUCUCCCGAACGCACUCCACCGAAGAGAGCGACGUCUGCUGCUACAACUACCUGCAGCACUGCUACACUCGCAUAGAAGAGAAAACACAGACAGAGGACAAAGCAGAGGACAAAGCUAGAGAGCAGGUCAAUGCAAAAGAAGAAGAAAAAGAGGAAGAAAAGGAAAACCUCUUCUUAACAUACAACAAACAGUCUCACUAGUUCUUUAAGGGAAAGGGGUGUGUGUCAGAGAGAGAGAGAGAGAGCGAGAGCGUGGGAAAGAGCGUGUGCUUGUGUAGGUUAUUGAUAUGGCUGUGGAUCAAGGUGUUGUACUCAAGAAAGAUGGCAUGCCGGAAAAGCCUUUGGAUGAGCGAAAAAGCUUGGACAAGACGUCCCUGCUGGAGCGGGGCCAGUGGGGCAGUAAGGCCGAGUUUCUGCUGGCCGUAGCAGGGCAGAUCAUUGGCCUGGGCAACGUUUGGCGCUUCCCUUAUCUCUGCUACAAGAAUGGAGGGGGAGUGUUUUUUGUGCCGUACCUGUUGUUCCUGGUACUGUGUGGGGUUCCAUUGUUCCUGCUAGAGACAUCACUGGGUCAGUUCACCUGUCUGGGCGGAGUCAGUGCUUGGAGGAGCAUAUGCCCUCUCUUUGGAGGUCUCGGUUAUGCCAGUCAGAUCAUGAUCCUGCAUGGUUGCGUUUACUACAUCGUCAUCUUGGCCUGGGCGUUCUUCUACCUGUGCUCCAGCUUUCAGACCGUGCUGCCCUGGUCCCACUGCAACAACACCUGGAACACAGCGGCAUGUGUGGAAUUUGAUAGACGGAACAUCACAGGCAAUGGAAGCUUGGUGGAAAAUGCCACAUCUCCAGUCAUGGAGUUCUGGGAGGAAGAGGUGCUGAAGCUCUCCCCCGGCCCUGAUCAGCUGGGUUCAGUUAACUGGCGUCUGGCUCUCUGUCUGCUGAUGGUCUGGGUUGUCUGCUACUUCUGUGUGUGGAAAGGUGUCAAAUCCACAGGCAAGGUGGUGUAUCUGACCGCUACGUUCCCGUAUGUGAUGCUGUUUAUCCUGCUGGCCCGUGGGGUCACUCUCCCCGGGGCCUCGACUGGAAUCAUCUACUACCUCAAGCCCAAUCACACGCGGCUUGCUGACCCCCAGGUCUGGAUGGAUGCUGGAACUCAGAUAUUCUUUUCGUAUGGCAUCUGCCUGGGCAGCCUCACUGCGCUGGGUAGUUACAACAGAUACAACAAUGACUGCUACAAAGAUUGCUUCCUGCUGUGCCUGCUGAACAGCGCCACCAGCUUCCUGGCCGGCUUCGCCAUCUUCUCCGUGCUGGGCUUCAUGGCAGAGGAGCAGGGCGUCCGCAUGGACCAGGUGGCCCAGUCAGGACCGGGACUGGCAUUUAUAGCAUUUCCGCGGGCAGUCGCUAUGAUGCCAGUACCUCAGCUGUGGGCUGUCUGCUUCUUCCUGAUGAUCAUCAUGCUGGGACUGGACACACAGUUUGUGAGUCUGGAGGCGCUGAUGACGUCGGUGUCGGACCUGUACCCCACGCUGGUGCGUCGGGGUUACCGGCGUGAGCUGCUGCUGCUGGUCAUCUGCAUCAUCUGCUUCCUGGUCGGCUUGGUGAUGGUCACGCCGGGAGGGCUGUAUGUUUUUCAGAUCUACGAUCACUUCUCCUGCAGUGGAGCCAGCCUGCUGUUACUGUCCAUCUUCCAGUCUGUGGCCGUGGGAUGGGUCUACGGCCCAGACCGCUUCUGCGAGAACAUCAAGAGCAUGAUCGGUUACUCCCCCUCCCCCGUCUUCCGGCUGUGCUGGAAGUACUUCACCCCCACCGUCUGCAUUGCGACGUUUGUGUUCUCUCUGGUGCGCUGGGCGCCGCUGGAUCUGGGCAAAGGCGUGGCGGCCCCCACGUGGGCCUCAGGACUGGGCUGGCUCCUCACGCUGUCCUCCGUCUCCAUGCUGCCACUCUGGGCACUCUACGCUCUUAUCAACACACCAGGCAGCUUAAGACAGCGCCUGUGCCUUCUAUGUCAGCCGGCUGCCGACUCCCCCCUGGCCCACAAGCACCUCGGCAACGGCUGCAACAUGACCCUUGACCCCAGCCAGUACCCGACCUCCGAGAAGCUCCUCAUGAGCGGAGUCAUCUAGAGCAGCACCGUCGGCCGGAAACGGGACUGUGUGUGUAUAUGCGUGUGUGUGUGUGUGUGUGUGUGUGUAUAUGCGUGUGUGUGUGUGUGUGUGUGUGUGUGUGUGUGUGUGUGUGUGUGUGUGUGUGAGACUGUUAUUGGUGCUGAAGGGUAGCACCAAAGUUUACGGUAGUUACCUGAGAGAGUGUGUGUGUGUGUGUGUGAGUGUGAGAGUGGGUGCUGGUGAUGAGAUAUAGUUAGUCUAAUAGUGCAAAAAAAGAAUAGUAAACUUCUAGUUUAUUUUUGUGAGCACAAAUCAUAAUUUAGUUGCAUUACAUAAUAUUCCUGAAACAAACAACCAAAAAAGAAACAAAAAACAGAAACACAAAAUGUUCUGAAAUCAUGGUGGAAAAAGGUACUUAAUUAUGUUCGCGAUAUCCAGUUUGCUGAAAUUAUGUUCAACUCCAUGUCAGGAAUCUUAGUCUCAUCUCUCGCUUGAGAUUUCCCCACCAAAAAGAGAAACACUUGAAAAAUUGCUUUUGUGUUCCAUUGUAACUGUUGAAGGGAGGGAUGUUUUUUUGUACUCAUUGCGCAAUAAAAAAUGUCAUUAUACU